ACCUGUUUCCAGGUAACCGAUGCUGGGCUUCUGAGCCGUGUCACAGUCAGUGUGUGUGUGUGUGUGUGUGUGUGUGUGUGCGCGUUCACCGCUGAAACUGCCUCUUUCAUCUACACUGAAUUCAAGGACUCGACUAGCAGCCCGAGUUUUUCUUUUCAUUCAAAGUGUCAGCAUAAAGACGAUGAGGAGAAGCUUGUUGUCAUUUUGCACUGAAAACUAACUGUCUCUUACAGAUGGAACAGGAAUAUUGUUAGAGAUUUAGAUCUAAACUAAGGCCGGGAGUUUGUUAAUGGUGCCUUAGAGAUACCUUGGAUUGUUUUAUGAAUUUUUGCACACAUCUGAGGAUUUUUUGAAGGUGUCCGUCAUGAAUCCCAUGUGGAAAGUCUACAAGAGUAAAGUCAUGAAGACCCUCAACCCAGAUAUGGAGGAGGAUCCGGUGGAAGAGGUCAGUGAUGCAGCUGAAGAUAUAACACCCAUCCAGGCUGAUGAAGGACCCAGUGCAAUGACACAGCUCGCCAAGAGAAUGCAGGGAGCCGGAGCGAAAGGUUGGAAAAGUGUUUCAUCUCUAUUCACCAAGGAUGAUGAACACCAGCUUCUGGAGGCAGAGAACCAGCCGGCAGCAGAUCAUCCACUGGCAGUGAAACCGGAGGAGCCUCCACGACCCAACAAGCGCAGCACUGGAUUCUGGGAUAACUUUGCGACUAAGUGGCACCAAGCAGCUGCGAUGAGGCAAGCGGAGGCAGGAGGUGACGGCAGCCAGGAGGUGGAGAACGAGAGCGGGGCGAGAGCCGAAGAUUGCGACAACCAGGUCGGGCAGGAGGGCGAGGAGUGCGACGGCGGCGCGGGCAACAGCUUCUCCAAGUACGCCGCACUCGGAGGAGGAAGUGAAGACACACCGGCCUUCAAGUGGAACUUUGUCACCAGCAAACUGGCUGAGCUGAAGACCAAAAGCAUGGCCAAGAGCAACUAGCCAACAGCGGUUGUAGAGAACUAGAUAAGGGUUAUCACAGUUCAGACCACAGGGGCCACAGUGCUUCAUAUGAGCCUUAUCGCGCAGAUGUGAUCGCAUUUCACCCGUUUAAAAGCAUCGACCGUGACCGACACUGUGGCCUCUUUUGGCCUGGACUGGUUGGCAUUCAUGUGGGAACUGCCGGUUAUGGGAAACUCACACAAACGUCUGUUAUUAAAGGUGAUGUGUGUAAUUUUAAGUUAUAAAAUACUGAAUCUGAAUUUGGAGCAGCAGAAAUUGCAUGCAAAAACAUCAGGAAAUAUUAAGUAUUAAUAUCUGAAGCAUGUAGAUAAAAAGUUUAUACAAGUUUAUAUAUUUAAUAAUAAAGUGAGCCUUAUUUAACAAGUGAAAUCAGUUCCUUACAAGCACAAUAAUAAUGCCCUAGAAACCAUUUAAAAUCAUUAUAUUCAUAUAAUCAUUAUUGUUGAGCAGAAAUUACACACUUCACUUAAAGCUGCAGUCCAUAACUUUUGGCGCUCUAGCGGUUAAUAAACAGAACUGCAUGCAUUUGGUGGAAGAACGUUGUAGCCGGAACUACUUCUCUCUGUUUAUGUCUAUGUCGAGUCAUGCAGGUACUGGGCUACUCCGCAGCGGUACGACCCGAACCAGUCUAAAAUAGUCCGAAUAUAAACACUUAUUAUAGGUGUACUGUAGUGAUUCAAGAUAAGACAAAAACACGGUUUGGAAAAUGGAUUCAUGAUGUACUUGCUCAUUAUAUAAUUUUUGUACAUUUUGAACACAAAAAAGUUACGGACAGCAGCUUUAAAAAAAAAAAAAAGAAAAGAAAAGAAACACUAAAACAUCAGGGAAUGAAUGAAGAGAAUGAAGCAUUAAUAUUUGAGGCAUAUAGAUGAAACCUUUAUUAAAAAAAUAUUAUGUCGAAAUGUCAAGUGAAAUCAGUUCCCUACAAGCAAGGUCAAGCUCAAUAAUACCACAUAGAAACACCAAAGCAACCAGCCAGAAUAGCCUAGUAACACCCUAGCAACGCCUGGCAAACAGCCAGAGCACCCUAGCGACCAACGACUGCAAUUAGCCAAGUGAUCUAGCAAAGAAAGAUGUCAUAAUGAUGUAAAUAAUAAUAAAAAAGUCCUCAGAUUUACUUUCAUUGAUGUAUAUAAUAGGCAUAAAUCAAGUCCUUAUAAGUAAUUGAAGUUUAAGCCCAAUAAUAAAAAGCCUAACAUCAAGAUGAUCUGAAAAAUCUCACCUUAAGUAAAGAGUAGCAUUGAAAUGAAUGAUUUUGCUUUUUUAUAUAAUGUAGAUCAUACAAUACUUUUUAUGUAUUGUAUAUUUAGAAAUGCGAUUUGUGAAGUUGGGGGUAUUUAUCAUUUAAUUUUAUUUUUUGGGGUGAAGGUUUACAGAAUAUGUGUCCGGUGUAGUUCAUGCAGUGUUCUGUCUGAUUCAUAAUGUUCCUUAUAAAUUGUUUUGUGUCUCCAGUUGAAGUCUAAUGUGAUACGUGUAUAUGCACAAUAUCUCAAAGGUGCUUUGUGUCUGCUGUCCUUCCUUGUGUCUCUCCGCCUUUGUUCAAAAUUUGCUCUGUUGUCAAAAGUCACAUUGAUUGAUUGAUUUUUUUUCUGUUUUGAUGUUUUAUUUUAUGAUAUAAUAAAGUUCUGUUGCAAAAA